CUGUCAGAAAGGCACACUGCAGUAAGGCGGUAUUUGAGUUAUAUUUUAGAAGUGCCUAGACAAAAUGUGCUCCUUGUCGUGUGCAGUAACCAUCGCAAACCCUCCGGACUCGUGUAACGCCGUUAGUUCGCCGUGUGUUUCGUGCGAUCUACCAGUGUCGACAGUGAGUGUCUUACUACAGCGCCCGUCCGACCUGCCUUUGUUCUGCCCACGCUCCCGUGAAAAGUCUGGUACUGGAGCUUCGAAUCGUAGUGUAUGGAAGGCUGUUGAAGGUUGUGCUUUUGUGGAGCUGGAGUUCAUCGGAAGUUCUACAGUGCUUGCGCCAGAAAGACGUCGGUGCCUCGGUACCUUUGAGACGAAGGAGCGUUGGCCAAGUCUUUUUGAAAGGCUAUGCGGAUUCUGGAGGCAUCCCUACAUCGAGCAGGAACCUGCUGCACUGCUGGAAGCUGGACAGCACGACAAUAAAGCACGUGAUCUGUGUGCUUUCUCAAAGGUAGACAUCGGCGACGGUGUAUAUGGUGAAAAGGGCCUGCUGAAGAGGCUGCGCCUGGAUGCUAACAACUCGGGCUUUCAGUUUGCGGGGGGCCUCCUUAAGGCUCCUUUUACAAAAGAAGAGGUUGAAGGGAGGCGCUACACAUGGAUGCGCAGCGAUUGUUUGUGACAGCGUCACUGGCCUGCCUUUUCGCUUUGUUCUGGGUUUUCCACGUUAUCUACUCGAAAAAGGCCCACAGGAUUUUGACAUUUAUUGAGCACUGCUUUCUGGAUUUUUGCUACACAAAGCCGCAGGUGAAAGCAUUGGAUUUAGUCAAUUUUUACAAGAACUAUUGCUAGGCAAAAAAAUUUUCAGAUGCAUAUCCUCAAGAAAGUUUCUGUCAAAAUUAUUUUGCCUAACAAAAGCACUCGUGGGUUCUGUGGCUGACAGGUUGCCCAAGCCAUGUAGCACAGUGCUUGCUUUAAAGGGACACGAAAAAGAAAAUUUAUUUGAGCUUUAUUAAAUCAUUCUUCUACAACACCGAAAAAACAACUCCCACCAUGAGAAUUGGCUUGAUAAGCCAGAUAACUUGCAAAAACGAAAACUGGUGUCGCCACCACCACCUUAUAGUUCCUGCACCAGCUCGCUGUGAUAUGGAAUUUGACGGUGUCUGUUCGGGUCUAGCUAAUGUUCUACUGGCCAAUAUUGAUGAAUUCUGUUGUAAAGGUGUCAAAGAAUAUACUUAGUUGAAGUAUGACUCCACACUGAUGUGCGGGCACUGCAUAAAACUUGAAAAAUGAAAGUUAAAUCUUCAUUUUCUCUUCUAAUAAUCCUCUUAUUGCCACAAUGUUCAUGAAUACAGUUCUGAAAGAUUGUUUUAUCAGUAUAAAAUGAUUUACUGUUUCACUUUAGUAUUUCUGUAAUGGACCUUCAGCAACAAAAUGUGUGUUAGUAUUCCACAGGUAUUCUCAGCGGGGGCAAAAGCACCAGCAGCAUGCUCAAUGAUUCUGUACCAACUGAUAACUUGAAGGAUGUCCUGUGCCACUAGGGUUAGGCCAACGUGGCUCUGUGUUAAUCACAAGUGUAUUAUGCAAAACUUAAUGGCCCAGAAAUUGGUAAUUCAGGAGGGAGUUGAAUUAGCAAUUUUUUUUUCUUUAUCAUGGACUUCUCACAUUACACUUUGUCACAACGCAUUCACUUUAAAGUAACUGGAGAAUAAGGUGGUUUGGUAUUCAGACAUGCCUUCUGUGUGUAAACAGUGUUAGAUGAGCAAUACAAAGAUACACCAUAGAUGCUGACUGGCAACAUGAAGGGGUUUGAGGGCAGCUACAAAUAUACAUCCUUGUAGUCGUACCUAUAGCACCAUGUUCAAUUUGUCACACAAGCAUAUGGCAUCCAUCACAACUGCAUGCCUAGAAACGGACAAGGGCAACACGCUCAAUUCCCUUUUAGUCUAUCUAAGAAGCACUACAAUUUUUAGGCAACGAAAUUGAAAUCUGGCUUGUACCCAUAAGUACUGCAAUACAGUUGUGCAACGUGUUCCUCUUGUGUGGAAAACGGGCUGCAUAUGUUUUCUUUGAGCACAAGGGGGAGUGGUAUCAGUUAGAGCCCCUCCAUCCACGUGCCACUGCCGCUUUCUUAAGUAGCGACAACCUUUGUUGUGCGCCGCCUUUUCCCCUCACACCAAAUCCGGUUCCAGCAUUUCCAGUUUAAAAGUUUCCGGUUCCGGCGUUACCGCUUCCUGAAGUUGUGCUGCGGGAAUUUCCGCUUUGACUGCCGAUGGUGAGACGCCCACGCGUGCUUAGCAGAGCUGUGGGAGUCACCAUGAGAAGAAUGCAAAGGCGACAAGCUGUUGUAUUCCGCUGAAGUAGUAAUUCGUGGUCGCUGUUUUCUAAAUGCACGAAAAACGGCAGUGGUCUCCAAGCGCCCAGGCACUACAUUCCACUGUACGUUGUCUCUCGUGGCACAACCCGUCGCAGGUUGACGCGAAACAGCGAACACGAUCAGAUCGCUGAUUGCAAUAGGCGGUGGUACUUGGAUGGAAUCGCAUUCACAGUUUAAACCGCAGCUGGUGCAAUUAAAGCCUCUCCAUCGACGCGAAAGUAAACAACGUUAAGAAAAACAUAGCGUUACUUCCACUCGGAACAGGAAGCUGCAGCUACGGAAAUUCCGCUUGACACCGGAAGCUAAGGGGGUGAGUGGCAGAGGAGCGUGGAGGAAGAGGGUAGGUUGGCGGUACUUAACCUGGUCAGCGGAAACGUGUAUGGAGGGGCUUUAGUAUCAGUUAAUGGCUGUUUUCACAUAUAUGUUUUGUCGUGUGUAUUAGCAAUCACCAUUUUCCUUAUCUGAGUGAGGUCAUUUUUUAGAAAGUUUGAAAGUUUAUAGAACAUGUUGCUCAUGGUUGUUGCAGUUUUCUUCCUAACUAUCCAUUCAUUGCACUGUGCACCCAUGUCUUGGGCAACUAGCUGUUUGAAGGUCAGUAUGCUAUCGAUGGGUCUAAUGGUAAUCUCUAGUGCCCUCUCAUUUGCUUGUUGCAAUACUGAAGAGUUUUGUAUAUUGUGUCACUUGUUUAUUUUCACUGUACUUUAGUUUCACUACAUCUUGAAUGUGUUGUGAUAGUUUUUCUUUUGCAAUGAAAGAUAUGGUGGACAGUUGCCAACACUAAUGUGAUAGUAUGAAUGCUUGCUGUAUUUAUCACAAUUGUUUCAUUUCGCUGGGGCACUAAUGGUCAUUAGCAGCAGAUGCUAGCUGCCCUUAAGUGCAAUGUUUUUAUGUUGCAUAGUAUUGUUCAUGAUCCAUUGAAUGCACUGCACGCGCAUGUUGUGGACAACUGCCUGUUUGAAGAAAUUGUCUGCAUAUUCAGUGGGUCUAAUGUGAACAUCUCUACUACUGACUUAGCUUCACUACAUCUUGAAUGUGUUGUGAUAGUUUUUAUUUUGCCGUGACAGAUGUGGUGGGCAGUUGCCGGCACUAAUGUGAUAGUACGAAUGCUUGCUGUAUUUACCACAUGGUUGUUUCAUUUCGUCUGAGGCACUAGUGGCCGUUAGCAGCAGAUGUCAUUUGGCCUUAUGUGCAAUAUUUUUAUGUUGCAUAGUUUUGUCCAUAAUCAUCCAUUGAAUGCACUGCAGACCCAUGUUCUGGACAACUGCCUGUUUGAAGGAAUGAUCUGCAUAUUCAGUGUGUCUAAUGUCAACAUCUCUAGUACUGCCUGUGUAUUUGUGAGUUAGAUUUUGUAUUGUGUGUCAUUUUGUUUUCACUGUGCUUUAGUUUCACUACAUCGUGAAUGCGUUGAUAGUUGUUUUUUUUUUGCAGUGAGAGAUAUGGUGGGCAGUGGCCGGCACUAAUGUGAUAGUACGAAUGCUUGCUGUAUUUACCACAUGGUUGUUUCAUUUUGUCUGGCGCAGUAAUGGCCAUUAGCAGCAGAUGCCAUUUGGCCUUAAGUGCAAUAUUUUUAUGUUGCAUAGUUAUGUUCAUACUAAUCCAUUGAAUGCACUGCACACCCAUGUUCUGGACAACUGCCUGUUUGAAGGAAUGACCUGCAUAUUCAGUGAGUUUUAUGUGAACGUCUCUAGUACUGACUGUAUAUUUAUCAGUUAGAUUUUAUAUUGUAUGUUGCUUGUUUUCACUGUACUUUAGUUUCACUACAUCGUGAAUGCGUUGAUAGUUGUUUUUUUUUGCAGUGAGAGAUAUGGUGGGCAGUGGCCGGCACUAAUGUGAUAGUACGAAUGCUUGCUGUAUUUACCACAUGGUUGUUUCAUUUUGUCUGGCGCAGUAAUGGCCAUUAGCAGCAGAUGCCAUUUGGCCUUAAGUGCAAUAUUUUUAUGUUGCAUAGUUAUGUUCAUACUAAUCCAUUGAAUGCACUGCACACCCAUGUUCUGGACAACUGCCUGUUUGAAGGAAUGACCUGCAUAUUCAGUGAGUUUUAUGUGAACGUCUCUAGUACUGACUGUAUAUUUAUCAGUUAGAUUUUAUAUUGCAUGUUGCUUGUUUUCACUGUACUUUAGUGGGAUUGCACAUUGAAUGUGUUGUGAUGUAUUUUAUUUUGCUAUGAGAGAUCUAAUGGGCAGUUACCAGCCCCCAGUCUGUGUGUUAGUACAAAUAUUUAUUAUGCUUAUCACAGUAUCUUAUAAGGCUAUAGUUUUGUGAUGAUUAACUCAUGCCUGACUUUUUUAUGAGAAACAUGUCAGAACUAAUAAACAAUCCCUCAUGCUUGGGAUCCAUGAAAUCGUC